GACUGGAUGGGUCCUUAAAAAAGGAGAGCAGGAAGCAGUAGAACUCAACUCACAAACAGAGCGCUGACAUGACCAGACUACAGGAGACUAUCACCAUGGCGACGUUGACCCUUCUACUGCUUCUCAGCGCUGCCUUUACACUGGGCGACAGAAUGACUGCGCGCAUAGCAAAUGAUUUGGUGACAUUUGCAGCAGACCAAAGAAACCCAUGCCCCAGAGGCUGGUUCCAAUUUAAUUCACGCUGCUUCAUGUUUGUCAAAACUGCAAGGACAUGGCCCAAUGCAGAGCGCCACUGUCAGUUACUUGGACAAAAACUGAAGCCUGUGUACAACACUGUAAAGUACCUUGGCGCAAACCUGGCAUCUGUGCACAGCUAUGAAGAGUCCCAAUUUCUACAGGCGGUGGUGUUGAUCACGACUGGCAGUUUCCCUCUUACCUGGAUUGGCGGAUUUGAUGCUGUUCAAGCAAAGGUGGAAAAGGUACCCAAAGUGAAGAUGCCUUAAUACUUAAGACUAAUA